AUCACUUUUAAGUUAAAAAAUGGCGGCAAAUAAAAUUUGGGCGUUGUUCAAUUGAUCCCAACGACUUUGGAUUAAUGAACUUUCAACCCUCACAUCUCAAAACUAACUACUAAUUCGACCAGAAUGAAAACUCUCUUUAUGACCUCCUUAUGAAAUUUCCCAGCCAAUUCAUCCAUUCCAAGUAACAUAAAUCAAUUUUCUCGUAAAUAUAUUAAAAGAACAAUCCAAUUAUCUAGAAACAGAUGUUUCACGGGUUUCAAACAAUACCGCUUACACAUGCAUGUGACAGAUCAAAUGAAAAUUAAUCAAAUUAAUAUCAAGUGCAUCCAUAUAAAGUGCAUCCGCCUAAACGGAUUAUAUUAUAUAUACCAUGGGAAGUAAAUGACGUGAUUGGCUCGGCCAUUGACGUACUUACGUAUAACGAUAUCGUGAUUAAUGAUCGCCCUUAAUGGAUGAGACCUUCUAUAGGGCAAAUCUGAGCGUCAGGGCCCAACCUACAGUGUUUUAUUCCUAUACAGGCCAUUAAGUUAAAAGAAAAACGUGUUGACCUUCCGUGCUAUUUUCAGCGAGAAACAGACGUCCGGCCACACGCAAUAAUGUAUUAGAAAAUUGCAAAGGUCGUGAAAAUUGAUGGGAAAUAUGUGGUGGAGCCGGUUUAGUCUGGAGAAGUACAAUUUUCAAAAACGCAAAUUGAAGUAUGUAUGACAGCUGUCAAUGUCACCACUGUCAACAAAUAAUUGAAAUUUCAUUACGUCCUGAAUGUCGUUGAUUAAAGUUACAAUUUAAAUAUACAGAGGUCAAAGACCUUGCAAUACAAUAUAAUGUUUUGUUUAUAGUUUAAAAUCACGCUCCCUUGGAAAGAGACAACUGUCUGAUGUCAUAUGUCAUUGCUGUCAACGUCGAUACUGUCAACCAGCAGUUCGAAUUUCAUUACGUCAUAAAUGUCAUUCAUAUUUACCUACUUUCAUUAUACCUUGCAAUACAUUGAAUGUAUUAUUUAUAGAUUAAAAUCACAAACUCUCUUAAAAAGAGACCUCUGACGUCGGUGUAACUGCUAUCAAAUGUAAUUUAUGAUGACAUAAUAAAUGCUAUUCGCAAAUUAAAGUAUGAAUGACGCGCUGCUGUCAACUUUACCACUGUCGACAAGUAAUUCAAAUUUCCUUACGUCAUAAAUAAUGUCAUUAAUGGAAGUUCCAAUAUAAGACAAUAUAGACCUUGAGUACAAUGUUUAUACCUUCAAAAUAAUAUAAAAUCACAAACUCGCUUGAAGGAGACAAAUGUGAGCGCCAUCUGUCAGUGUCAUUGCUAUUAAUCGUCAUUUGUAAUGACGUCAUAAAUAUCAUUUGCGAUUUGAACUAUGAGAGAGACAGAGAGAACUCUGUUUAAAAGCAUAGAACCCUUUUCUUUUUUUUGAAUUUUCCCCCUGGAAAAUUCGGAGAGGAUUGGAAGACUAACUGAACAACUGCCUGGAAUUAGUUAGUAAUUAAUUAUAUAUUUCGUCCAGGCAGUUGAGAAAAAAAGAGAUAGAGAGUCUAGAAGAAUGAAAAAAGCAGGGAAGGGGGAAAAACUAAGUCGUCACGUGGCACUCAGAAGGAGAGAGAGAGGAUUUUUUCAAGGUAAUAGGAUUAGAAGAUUGACUAUGAACUGCCUGGAAUUAGUCAAUAAUUAAUUAUAUAUUUCGUCCAAGCAACAGGGAAAGAGACAGAGGCUCACAGGUCAUUUAUCAGCAUGUGAAAACUUAUUGAGACAUUUGCAAGUGAAUUUUGGUUUGUAGGGCAGAUUUUGAAGAAAAUAAAAUUAUAUAAAACAAUUAAAAUUAUAUGUACACAAAUUAGCAACCCUGGGCAUUAUACAAUAGACAUAACUCUUUUUAUUAAGACAAUUCAUUGUAUAGAUUAAUAAUUCUUAGGAAACCUCCAUAGGUGCCAAUAGAACACCGAACCAUCGACUUAUUGUUGCGCCCUCUAAAUGUCGAGGAAUGUUACUAACCGGAAAGGAAAAUGGGUUUGUGACGUACUAUAACAGCGAGAAAAUGUAAAAUUUGAUUUUCGCGCCACUUUUGAAUACUGUGCUCUUAAAAUUAGUGAGAAAUGUGUUGUUCCUUCGGAAACAGUAGGUAGAUUGAAAGGGUGUGAAAUUGGAAUUUUUAUUGUCUCUAAAUUAAACAAAGUCGUCCAUUUAUCAUUUUUCUAUUUGGGUACUAGAUCCAUUCAUUUUGCUAUUAGAUACAUAGGUGUUGGUGUCAGAAAUUAAACAAAAAUUUUCACAAAAUGUAUUGCUAUAUUAUCAAAAGAGAUUAUAGCAAAAACACACUUCACAAGCUUUACUAUAAAUAUUAACAGUUAUACAUGCUUGUUAAAACAUUAAAUAAAAUAUAAAAAUUUGUCCAAAUUCCUCAAUGUAAAACCCUAAAUCUUAAUUUUAUUAACAUCUUUUUGUAUGAAGGACAAAGGUUUUACAGUAGAACUUAUGUAGGGUGUUACAAAAGGUUAUAGUAAAUGUAUAAAGGAGAAUAAAAAUGUAAUAAAAUCAAUUCACCAGUAAUGGCAAAGUUUACUGAAUAAAAUACUUAUAUACGUAUUUUAUUCAGUAAACUUUGGUAAUGGUCUUUAGUAAAAAUGAUAAAUUAAUAAUAACUAUCAGCAAAGUAGCAUUUUUCAAUGUACCAAAAAUGUUAUUGAGAGUCUGAGAAAAAAAAGACAUUCUCGGCAUAAAAACAAGACAAUUUAAAAAAACUAAAGAUUAUUGACAAAUCAUUCUUAUCACUGAAGAUGAUGUGUUAUCGCUAUCUUCACAUUAGACAUCUUAAUCCUUACUGCUGAAAUUCAGUAUUGAGUUUAGAGGUUUCUUAUCUCGACAACUCAAUAGAUUCAAUUUAUUAAACAAUACAUUUUAUAUAAACAGCUUUUAAACCCAAAUAAUUAGUUUUGUCUUGUUCCGAGGUUGGUGAUUUUCCCUAUUACCUUGAGUUGGCCAUCUUCUGAAGAGAGAUCCACCAAGAGAGCAUAAACUCUUCAACUGGACAUAGAAGAGAGUUAUUAAUAUUAUACAAUUUUGCAUUUAUAGAGUAUUUAAUUCAAAAAAACAUAUUUUAUAGGUCUGUAAACUAAAUCUCUUAUUUAGUGCUCAUUUUGAUUGACUUUUUAGUUUUUUCUACUUUUAUUCGUCUUCUACUUUCCAUGUCGUUACAAGCCAGCAUACAAUACUUCUUGAUGCAUUUAGGCAAAACAAUUACUGUCUCUUAAACUACAGUUGAGGAUACACAAAACACUUUUUAUCAUAGCAUACACGAAAAAAGUCAUAAUUAUAGACUAUAAAAUACACUAGCAGAACAACCAAAAGUCGAUUAUCGUUUAAACAAUAACGAUAAUAAAAAUAAGAAAUGAACAAUUGUUUGACAGUUGGUUCUUAAUCCCGGGGCAAAAAAAUUGAACAAUUAAAACGAUGCAGCCUUUCUUAUUGUACAGUAGUUUCUAAACAUGUUUUUUUUGAGUUAAAUGUUGCUAACCCUAAUUAAAAAAUUGUACAAAAUGAUGAGGCCAAAAAACUGUACAAUUAUGAAAUAUAAUAUAUCGUCGGUGCAAUGCCAAAGGCACGAAUGUGCAUUUUUGCUAUUUUUCGCCUAAGUGCAUUAAUAGACGUGUUAAGUGUUAACCUUCAAUGUUAUCAAUUCCAAAGUCACAAAUAUGCCAGGCGCGUCUAACCCCCCUCCACGAUCGAGGUCUAUUUCGAGAAUGUACGAACAGAAACAAUUAAAGUUUUGGUUGUCUCUGGUACGAAUUCAACAGUCGCAUCAAUACCUAAAGAACGAAUGUAUCACAUUGGUCACAUUCGUGAUUUCGAGAGUUAAGAUUUAUCGCACAUUGGUGAAAUUGUUUAUGCAAUAAGAUGGCUUCUCGCACUAAAAGAAUAUUGGAGCUGAGUAGGAAAUUGAAAUCGAAAGGUAAGCGAAAAUAUGCAAUAUUAAUAUGUACAUAUUAUCAAAUAUAAUAAUAAUAAUAAUAAUACUAAGAUAUAAUAAUACUGUUUGUUUGUGAGCGUAUGUGGAUGCGAGCAUUUAUGUGCAAAUGUGCUAUGUUUUUUAAAGGAAUCUGUAUAAUCUCACUUUACAGUUUAGACUGUGGUCGUUAAUAAAUUUUAUUAUGCAGGGUGUUGGUCAGCGGUACUACCUAUCCACCCUUAACGUGUGGUAUACUUUCUGCCCAACACCCUUCAGGAAUAAAUAAACUAAUCCAUUUCUAGUUGCACAGGUUUUAGUUUUUCACUUAAUUAUGUGUGUUUUUUUUAGGUGCCACAAGUAAUGGCCAUUCCAAUCUGGUAGAGGUACCACAGAGAUUUUGUGCAACGAACCGCAGCCAUCUACCUCAACUAUGCACUCGACUAUUACAGAGUUGGCACCAGGUUUUGCUGAUAACCAACCUCAACCAUCUACCUUAACUAUGCACGCUGCUAUUGUAGAGUUGCCACCAGGUUUUGUUGAGAACGAACUGCAGCCAUCUAUCUCUACUAUGCAGCCUGCAACUCAUCCGAUGAUACUCGGUAAAUAUGCUUCAGAUCAUUCGGAUCCUUUUGUUUCCUCCUCAGAUAAUUAUGAACCAUCAACAAGUGGAGCUUUCUGAUCCACUUGUUGAUGACUCAUCUGAUUCUUCUGAUCAGAUUCCUAAUCAAGGACCUCAGAAUAUACAAGAGACUGUUUCGAGAGAGAAUGCUCCUGUAAAGAAAAGGCAAAGGAAUGAAAUGAGUAAACGGUGAACCCUACAUUGGACAUAGAGGCGUUGAGAAGUCUGCUCGUCCUCCUUUACCAAGUCCGUGCCUUGGAAAGCCAAAACACAAAUGUAUUCAGCUUGUUAAUGAAGAAAAUCGUACAAAAAUAUAUAUGGAUUUUCGCAGUUUAAAAUGCAUCGAUGAGCAACGACAAUUCUUAAGAACUCACAUAGAACAAAAUCUAAUAAAACGCACAACUCGAAAUAUCCAGAAUUCACGAAAAACCUUUACGUGCAAAUAUUUUUUUACCAUUAAUGGUUGAUGGUUUGCAGGGAGUUUUUUAUGGCAACAUUGAAUGUAACGGAUGCGUUACUGCGUAGCUCUUUAAAAAUGGGUUCUUCUACUGGUUUUAUGGAAAAAGAUGGGCGCGGGAAACGCGCACCACCUAAUAAAUUAUCCGACAAUGGUGAAGCGUUCAUAAGACAACACAUUCUUACGUUCCCGUCAGUAGAGUCGCAUUAUUGCCGCGCUUUUAGCACCAAAAAGUACCUAGACCCAUCUUUAAAUUUAUCGAUAAUGCAUAGAAUGUAUAAGGAAACUUGCAUUACAAAGAAUUUUAAACCGGUUAGUUUUGAAAAAUACCGACAAAUAUUUCAAGAAUACAAUUUGGGUUUUUUCAAACCCAAUAAGGACCAGUGUAGAAGAUUUUUGGCACAAAAUUCUUUAACCGAACAGGAUAAAAGCCUACAGGAAGAUGAGUUUAAAAGACAUCUGGAUCGAAAAACUGCCGCAAGACAAUCUCGUGACCAAGAUCAAGUUUUAGCUUUUAAUUUUGACCUCCAGUCUGUUCUGUGUACACCCAAGGGACCCGCCGGUCAAAUAUUCUAUUUGCGAAAACUAGCAGUGUACAAUCUUACAAUGUACAAUUUGGCUAAUCAAAAAGUCAACUGCUAUCUCUGGGAUGAAACGCAAGGUAAACGAGGGGCAAAUGAAAUAGCCUCUUGUGUUUAUGAUUUUAUCAUGUCGCACACUGAAAUCACCACCGUUCGUAUGAUGUCAGAUGAAUGUGGCGGACAGCAAAAGAGUUCUAUUUUUGCUUCUUUGUGUAUGCAUCUUCUUAGAAAUCAUAAGUUCCUGCAGGUAAUAGAUCACCGUUUUUUUGAAACUGGCCACAGCGAAAUGGAGUGUGACUGCAUUCAUUCCAAAGUUGAAAGAAAGGCAAAGUAUGUACCAGUGUAUACACCAGAUGGUUGGGCACAAUUAAUAAGAGAUGCUCGUGUGUCACCAGAGGCUUUUAAGGAGAUUUCAUUGAGGCCGACUGCCGUAAAACUAAAAACCGUGGUCGUCCCGUAGCACCUCCGAUAGAGAAAGCUUACGCUGCUGAACUACCUGUACCUAUUAGUGAAGCUAUUAAGAAAAAAGAUUUGUUGAAAAUGUGUGACGACUUAACGAAUCCUAGAGCUUAUCAUAAUUUUUAUAAAUCCUUAAAGACAAGCCGUAACAUCAGAGAUAACUUACCGGAGCCAGAUAUAGAAGAAGAUUCAGAAACUAAUAGCGACCAAGAUUAGAGAAGCCUUUACUCCUCCUCAAAAUAAGUUUUGAAUUUGUUUUCAGUUAUUAUUUCUCAUUCCAAAGUUUUUUGCCUAAAUGUUCUGUGAUUUUUUGUGUUUCGAUUAUUUACAGUGUUUUUAUUGCGUUUUCAUUAGUUUUAAGUUACCAUUUCAUUCCAAAGAUUUCUGUUUGUUAGAAUAAUUAUAUCUUUUUUGUAUGUUGAUAAUUUUCAAAAAAUUGGGAAUUAAAUAAACAAUUUUCCCUUCAAAUUGUGUACAUUUUUAUUUUCACGAAUGUAUUUUUUGCACUUUUUCUGAAAGCCAAAAACACGAAUGUGCAUUUUUUUCAAAAAAAAAGAAAUAUAGCAUCAAAUUUUAUGCUGGCAUAGACUUCUUGAUUCAAAAAGCAAACAAAAAUCGUGGUCGUGGGUCUUCAAGUUAAGAUCUUAUUUUUUUAAAAACUGAUUUGAAUAUUAAAAAACCCAUUUUCUCAACACUUAAAAUUAGCACAUUCGUGCCUUCAGCAUUGUACCGACGAUAUAGAAGUUUGCCAUAAGAUGCUUCACCCUCAUCUUAAACGAAACGGGUGGUGUGUAAUUUGCUGACCAAGAAUAAAAAUGUGCUACCAAAGCUAUUUAGAGACAGAAACUAUUCAAACUUAAUAUUUAAUAGCAGUAUAUGUAUGACAGCCUGCUACCAAAAAACAACUUGAAGUAUCACCUCUCUAAGGGGUAGUUUAUUCUUGACAAUUUCUGAUAAAAACGUGCUACCAAAACUAUUUAGCGUCGAAAACUAUUUAAAAUCGAUAACUGAUGUUACUAUACAUAUAAGUGCUUGCGACCAAACAAUAAUUAAAAUAGCACCCCUCUAAGGGGUAGUUUGUAUUUGUCAAUUUCUAAUAAAAACGUGCUACCAAAGCUAUUUACCGUCGAAAACUAUUCAGAAUCGAUAACUGAUGUUACUAUAUAUAUAAGUGCUUGCUACCAAAAAAUAAUUGAAAUAGCACCCCUCUAAGGGGUAGUUUGUAUUUGUCAAUGUCUAAUAAAAACAUGCUACCAAAGCUAUUUACCGCCGGAAACUAUUCAAAAUCGAUAACUGAUGUUACUAUACAUAUAAGUGCUUGCUACCAAAAAAUAAUUGAAAUAGCAACAUAGGAAACUACUGCCUAAAUGAAAACUUUAAUCAUCUAUAUCGAGAUCCAAAAGAUAUAGUUUUUCCGAAGCAACAUUUACCUACCUACCAUAGAUAAAAUACCAUAUAUUUUUCAAAAUAAAGAUUUCAUACCAAAACCAUCUUUGAAAGACGAUAGUGAAUACUCAAUACUAAAUAUACAGCUGCCAAAAUGAUAAUUCUACAAGGCAGCGUAACUCUCGUACCCGAAGAGCAAGUUUUUGUAAUUUCCACAAUAAACAAUAAGAAACAUAUGGUGACUUUGUUUCCCCAAGAAACUUAUAAGUACCUAUAAGGGAAAGAGAAACUGCCACCACAUUGAGGCAGCCCCUCUGUCUGUUGGUAACAUAACUAAUUCUCAGAAAAAUGUAAAAUUAUCUACAAUCAUCAGGAGGAACAGAGGACACAAGUACGUACCUAUAAUAAGAAAUUAUCUCUUAACACUUAACUUUGUUUAUUGUUCCAGGUCAGGAAGAAAAAGAGCUCCCCAGAAGGUGACAGUGGUUGAAACUGCUAAAGAUGCUGAAAUAAACUAUGCAAAUUCAGACAGUACUCUUGGAACUACCAUCCUCAUUCCAACGGUAACACCAACGGGUGUUUCUAAAAAACGUUCUUUCAAAAUUUGUAAAACGCUUUUAUAAGAACAAAAUGAAUAUAUUUAGAGAAGCUUCUUCCAUCAGUCCCAUCCCAGAAGAACGAUCGAUGGAGAGGCAAACAUCUUUUCCCAGCAAUGGUGACGAGUCAGAUUUUGAGGAAAUGGAUUCAGAUUUGAAUGUUACAAAAACAUUUAAAUUUGAGAAUAAUAAACAGUGCAUCAUCUAUGGUAGACAGAUAUAUCCUAAGGAUUUAGAAUGUCUUGUGAAAGAUGAAGGAGGUGUAAACUUCAAAGACCUUUAUUUGUCAGAUGUGAUAAUUGAUGUUUAUUUAGCUUUUCUAGUAAAAGAUAAAAGAUAAAAGCAUCGGUUGAUAUCUUUCCAGUGGAAAGAUAUUUAGUUAAUUUCUUAGAAUCAGAUAAUAAUAGUUUCAAGACUGCUGCAAAUUAUUUUCUAAAAUUUGGACUUUACGAGAACGAUAUUUUAUUAAUUCCGGUUUGUAAAAAUGAACAUUUUGUUUUGAUAGUGGUGCUGAAAAAGUUUAAUACUAUACUAUGCUUAAAUAGUAUAAGAAGUGAUAUAGUAUAUCGCAAUGAAAUUAUCUUCGUCAUGGAAGUACUACAGUUCGUUCAUCAACAAAAGCACAUAAGUUUAUCCGAAAAUUGGAAUCUCUACCGGCCAACAGAUUUACCUGUUCAGUAUAACUCAUAUGACUGUGGCGCUUAUGUCAUUCUUCUGCCUGAACUCAAAAUUACCGGAUCUUCCAAGGUUUUAGCAUACCAUCAAUCUCGAGAAAUCAACAAUUACAGAAUUCACAUUAAAAAACAACUGACUGAUUUAUUUUACACUACAACUUCAAAUUUCCGUACCUUUGCUUAUGAUAAAAAUAUAGUAGAGAAAGGUACAGCAGGCUUUAAAGGAAACAUUAUCAUAAAGGAAAACAACCAACUACCUCACCUAAGCGGAAAAUCUCUGACGACAUCAUUACAAUUUCUACAGUGUAUAUCAGUUAAUUAUUGGGAUGAGGAUACGGCCGGUUUCUGUCAUAUUGGUGCCGCCAAGUGUUCCAAUAUUUUUGAAGAGAUGAUCUUGUGUAUGAAAUGCUAUCAUUGGUACCACCACAACUGCAUAGGUCUUCAACAAAAGCCCAAACAACUUAUCUGUUCAACAUGCCAGGAUUCAUAAACAUAAUUGGUUAGUUUUAAUACUCGCAUAACAAAUAAAAUACAUAUUAUACCAGGAAAUGUUAAUAUAUUAUAAAUUACGUACCAGAAAA